UACUCGCAACCUUGAAAAAAAACUUACUUUGUAACCUCACAUUUUUCAUGUUUUCGUAGGUCUUAAACAUAUUAUGCCAAUUGAUGGGAUAUGAAUUUCUAGAUAGUGCAUUGAUAAUGCAGUUUAUCAUCUUUAUAGGUUUUCCCAAUCUCUUGCGGUGAAAAUUUAAAAAAAAAAUAGAUAAUUAGGUAUUAUGUGUUUAAAUUGGAGCAACAGUUGGAUGAUAUUUGAUACGGUUAAUGCUCGUAUUUUGAAAAAGUGGUUGUUCAAAUAAUUCUCUCUAAAAUCAUUGGUGCGAUGAAAGGAGUAAUUUUGUUGUUAGUUACAAGUUUUGUUUUCUCUUUAGCCUUUUCUCCUAAGCACAGAUUCAGCAGAAGAGCAAAUGUUGGUUUCAAUUCAAGUUUAAAGAAUCCAGAUUUCGCGCCACACGAGCACCAUUUCUUGCAGAAAUUGGAUCACUUCCACUUGGAAAAUGAUCAGAAAUGGAUUCAACGUUAUUGGACCUAUCCUACGUACUACAAAAAAGGCGGACCAGCGUUUCUAUUCAUCAACGGAGAAUGGUCAGUGAAAAUUAACUGGACCAUAGGAUACGCUGAACAUUGGGUAUCUUAUGCAAAAGACCUGAACGCUUAUUGUUUCUCAUUGGAGCAUCGUUUUUAUGGCGAAAGCUGGCCAGCAAAAGAGAAUAUGGGUUACCUGAGUACUCAACAAGCAUUAGCAGAUAUUGCAAAUUUCAUACAAGGAGUAACCGAGGAAUUUAAACUGCCUAAAGAUAUAAACUGGAUUGUGUUUGGAUGUUCGUAUGCGGGUAUGUUGGCGACAUGGGCUCGACUGAAAUAUCCUCAUCUGAUUCAUGGAGCUGUUGCUUCAAGUGCACCACUUUUAGCGAAAGUGGAUUUUGGAGAAUAUUAUCAAGUUGUGGAGCAAUCGUUAAAAGCUCACAAUCCGAAGUGCGUCGAAAAUAUUAAAUUGGCCACUACAGAAAUUAAUCGUAUGCUAAAUCACAGCGAUGGUCGACAAAAUAUCGCAAAUGCGUUUCACUUUUGCAGUGAUCGACCAAAAGAUAUAACUGAAAGCGUAGAAAAUUUAUUCUCGGAUUUGGCAGCCAUUCUUUCCGAAGCAGUUCAAUACAACGAUACUUCGGAAAUUUCCAUUCCAAUCGUCUGUGACAUUAUGAUGAACCAUAAUGGUUCAAAGAUUCAGGCCUUCGCUGAACUUAGAAAGUUAUACAUGCGAUUAGAUAUCGAUAAUGAAGACGACUCCAAGGAAAGCAAAACAUGGGACUAUCAAAUAUGCUCGGAAUUUGGCUAUUUCCAAAGUUCUUCUCAAACAACCGGUCUAUUUGCCGGAGACCAUUUUCCAGCAAAAAGUCUUCUCAAGGAGAAAUGUGAACAGUUUUUUGGUCCUCAUUUUAGCAUCGAGAAUUUACACGAGAGAAUUCAUCAUACAAAUAUGAUUUAUGGCGGAUUAGACAUUAACGUUGGGAAUGUCAUAUUUGUUCACGGAUCACUCGAUCCAUGGCACGUGCUAGGCCUUCAUACGAGAAAAAAUGAAUCUUUAUACAAAACAGUUUUUAUCAAAGGAGCUUCGCAUUGCGCUGAUGUGCUUCCACCCGCAGAUAACGAUAUCGAAGCAUUGAAAAACGCUCGCAAAGAAAUAUUAGACACAUUAAAAGGCUGGUUACGAAAAAAGUCAACAUGAUAUUUUUUUCUGAUUUGAAAUUUGUUUUCUAGAUUAUUAGAAAAUUGAAAUAAUUAUUGAGAAUAAAGCUGUAGGUAUCAGGUACCUUACGUUCAGUAU